AUGUCAUAUUUUCCUUGGCUUAAAUGGUGCCGUCCCACAAUUCAUAGGGAGCGGGAGCAGGAACUUUAUGGCCCAAAGAAACGUGGACCUAAACCAAAAAACUUUGUACUAAAGGCACGGGCACAGGCGGGUGAUAGACCUCGAAGCUCAAAUACCAGACGCACUCCACCUCACACCACUGCCAAGCCUCCCGCCUCUUCCUCUUCUGCAAGUUCAUCCUCUUCCUUCUCCACCGCUCCAACCCCCAGAGUGCACUCUCUCGCCGCUGCUCAUAAACUGAAGAAAGACAUCCAUCGUUGUCAUAGGAUGUCUCGACGACCUUUGCCACGACCCGACCCCCUAGGCGACUCCACUGGAUCCACAUCCUCAUCCCGUCCUCCCAUCUCUCCGUUCUCUGAAACUGUCCGCAUCCUCAACCGCAGGGUCAAACCGCGGGAGGUUAAGCGAGGACGUAUAAUCUUGAACCUGAAUGUCAUUGACAAAUCCGAAAACAGUGGAGUAACAAGUAGAAGGUCACCACAGUCAUUUGCGGGGCGGGCGAAAAUCCCAUCCCGAAAUCGCAUCAUUGGGAAAAAGCAGGGGGACAUGCCUUACAGGCCGUUCCAGCAUCCUAUGAAGAUGUUGGGCUUCCCGAUGUACGGCCAGCCGUUUGGGCUCCACCCCUGUGGGUCAAUGUCCUCCAUGGCCAAUGAAGAAUCCAACACUGGAGCCAAUCGGAGAGGUGGAAACUGCUGUGAUAGCCAUUCCUCUGCUAAUGCGCAGAAGUUUCAAUAUCAGCCUCCACCUUCUCCAUCCAGCUUCAGUGGGUCUAACAACAGCUCCCCUUCACUUCAGAAACAGCCGACUCAACCUGAAGCUCCUACGUCUCCAACUAAAUUGGAUUCUGCAGCCUCCUCACGUUCCAGAGAUGCCUCCCAACCUCCCCCAAAGUCCAGCUCUGUGCCAUUCCUCCCUUCCUCUCUUGAAGAUGAAGACCAGGGCUCUCCGAAUCUCGCCACUUCUCGGGGCAGAAAACGGAAACUUCGUCAUCGAACCCAGGUGGGUCAAGCUUCGGUCUGCCAGGUUAGUGACCGCACUACCACCCCACAUCCUGAGGAAAAUAGGGAGCCAAAAGAGGGGGAUCCCGAUUGGAACCCUGAAAUGGCACCCAGCUGUACCAAUGUAGUCGUGACUGACGUCACCACAAACCUUCUCACAGUCACCAUCAAGGAAUUCUGCCAUUCAGGAGCGGGUUCUGAACCCUCUUCCCCUUGCCAAGCUGACAACCCACCCUGUCCCACCACAGCUGCCUCUUGAAAGUUACCCUAAACGUUUCAGACAAAAAUAUAUGCCCAUUAAAUCCCAUGAGAACUUGCCAUAAUGAUAUUCAUGCACCUUAAAAUAGUUGGCGUUAAUGAAAUUAAAAUGUAUUUUUGGUGAAAUUAAGAUAUAUUGAAGUAUUAUUUAAAGGCAGGGGUGCUUCCCUUGACCUCUACAUUUUAAACAACAUGCUAUGAUGGUUUUGUAGUACUUCAUGCUUUUCUUCCCCCUCUUUUUUCCCCAGUGAUCCUGUCUUUCCACAGC